AAUGUGGUGCACUGACUUAAAGGAAAUGCAUUUGUUUGAGUUUGAUGUGAUUUUAAUUUGAGUUAUUUUUUAUUUUUUGUAAUUGAAGGAUUUGAUUGAACUGUUGAUAAUAAUACAUCAUGUCGGUUCAAAAUAUUUCAAGACAGGUCAUCACUGAAUUUAUCUUUGGAGGGUUUGAUACUGUGCAAAGACCUCUGCUUACUGGUAUUGUGGUGCUGAUUAUAUAUGUGCUGGUUAUGCUUGCUAAUACUGCAAAUAUAUGUUUUAUAGUGAUGGAUAAGCGUCUGCACCAGCCCAUGUACCUGUUUGUGUGUAAUUUAGCCAUUAUAGAUCUAGUCUACUGUACGAGUGCAUGCCCGACUAUGAUAGGCAUCCUGGUAGUUGGUUAUAAAUCUGUAUCUUAUGUUCCCUGCAUUGCACAAAUGUUUCUUUUCCAUUACAGUGGAUUGAUGGAAAUGUUGGCUAUAUCUGUCAUGGCGUUCGAUCGUUUCGUUGCUAUAAGCAGUCCUUUAAGGUAUCACUCCAUUCUGAGUAACUCACGCUGUAUUUUAAUCGCUAUUUCUCUCUGGGUUGUGGGUUCUGGAGUCAUGGCUGUGCUUCCUGCUACUGCUGUUCCCCUAUCGAUGUGUUCCUCUACUCUUAAGUACAUGUUUUGUGAUUAUUCAUCUAUAAUCCGAGCUACAUGUGUAGAUCCUGAGCCGUAUUUUAAUCUCGUGUCCAUUUUAACAACUGUUUUUUGCUUUGGGACAUUUGGCUUCAUUUGCUUGUCGUAUAUAAAGAUAGUUAUCAUUGUUGUGAGAAUGCCGUCAAACAGUGACAAGAAAAAAGCCUUUAAUACAUGCGUUAGUCAUUUAGUUGUGAUAAUUUGUUUUUAUGCGCCCAUAGUGGUACGAAUAGUUCUGACCAGGCUGGGUUUAGUUUUAACAGUAGAGGAAAGAAACGGGUUGAUGAUUGGAUCAAUUCUCGGACCUUCUUUGGUAAAUCCAUUUAUUUACUGUUUUAAAACAAAGGAGAUCAGAAAUAAAUUAUUAAAAAUGAUCAAAAUAACGGCAUGAUCUAACUGCAUUGUUUAUUUUGAUAUUUUAUGAAAUACAGAUGUUUUAUUGUUCUGUAUUUGCCUUUUUACACCACUUCUACUACUGUAUCUUGUAAAAUAAUGAAUGU